AUGCAAAUUUCUGAGCUGAUCAAACUGGCCAAGAGCAGCGGCAGCGGCAGCAGCAGCAGCAGCAGCCUACGCAGCGGCUCAAGAAUUAUUAUUAAAUUCGAUAUAAAUAAUAUUCGCAACCGCUGCAGCUCGCUGGGGCCCCCCUGCCCCCCCGCACAAUCCCCUCGGCUGGACAGUCUGCUGAUUAAUAAAAGACGGCUGCCGUGGCAGAAGUUCCGAGAUGGCCCGCGGUGCUUAAAAAUUCUGAGGCAUCUGUCAAGUCGAGCGAAGGUGAAGGUUUCGCACAGGCGCAGCAGGACCUGGUCUGCAGAUUUUCAGAUCUGGCUAUCUACAUACGUAUCUACAUGUGUGUAUAUAGAUAGUAUACAAUGGUGUAUAUGGGUGUACAAUGGCGAUGUGGGGAUCGCGAUCAGAAACGCUUUGCAUACGUGCGUGUAUGUGACAGUCGCAUAA